CCCAGCACAAUCUCUUUGGACUCUGAGCGUCUCUUUGUUCAUUUCUCGGCCCUACGUAGCCGUAGAUCCUUCAAGGCUCCCAUUGUCUCCAGUGCAUCGACAGGCUCCGGCCAGUAUUUCGGCGAUUACCCCACCUCAGAGCCUCUUCCUUGCUGGAACUGUAGCAAACACCCUUCAGGCUCUGCCUUUUUGGCUCGCCAUUCAAUCACAUUUGCUCCGGUUCACUGUUACGACUCAGCGUGUCAACUCGUCCCUCACCCUCUGAAACACCAGCCCUGUAACCACACUCGCCUCCAUAGUACUUGCCGCUAUGACUACUCGUACGCCGAUGGGUCUAGAACAAGUGGGCUUUUUGCCACAGAGACGACGACGUUGAAGACGAGCUAUGGAGGAGCUGCUCGGCUGAAAAACCUUGCUUUUGGUUGUGGGUCGGGGAAGCUUUGUACUAUGUCGUGUAUCGUGAAGGAGCUGUUCAGAACCUUCAGCUAUGGAGGGUGUUUGAAACUCAAGUUUUAGUUUUGGAGAGAACCUUGUAGUCAGGGCAAUUGCUUCUUUAAAUUGGCCUUUGGCUUCACCGGUAACUUAGAAA